CCGGAGCGCCUCCUCCCCGCCCGCCGCCCGCCCGGCCAUCCGGCGCCCCAUGGACGUGGCCGCGGCGCCCGAGUCGCUGGAGAGGUGCUUCAGCCGGGGCCCCGCCGACUGCGCCAAGAUGCUCGACGGGAUUAAAAUGGAGGAUCACCCGCUGCGCUCGGGGCCCGCCACGCUGGGCGUCCUGCUGGGGUCGGAGUGCCAACACCAGGCCGUCUGCGAGGGCUGCCAGCGGCCCAUCUCGGACCGCUUUCUGAUGCGCGUCAACGAGUCGUCUUGGCACGAAGAGUGCUUGCAGUGCGCCGUGUGUCAACAGGCUCUGACGACCAGCUGCUAUUUCCGGGACCGCAAGCUCUACUGCAAGCAAGACUACCAACAGUUGUUUGCGGCCAAAUGCAGUGGUUGCAUGGAGAAGAUUGCCCCGACAGAGUUUGUGAUGCGGGCUCUGGAGUGCGUUUAUCACCUGAGCUGCUUCUGCUGCUGCGUCUGCGAACGGCAGUUGCGGAAAGGAGAUGAAUUUGUUCUGAAGGAAGGGCAGCUGCUCUGCAAAAGCGAUUACGAAAAGGAGAAAGACCUGCUGAGCUCUGUCAGUCCGGAUGACUCCGAUUCAGUGAAAAGCGACGAUGAGGAUGGAGAUGUCAAACCCACCAAAGGGCAAGCAAAUCCAGGGAAGGGUGGUGAUGACGGGAAGGACCCGAGGAGACCAAAGCGGCCACGGACGAUACUGACGACACAGCAAAGAAGAGCUUUCAAAGCCUCCUUCGAAGUCUCUUCCAAGCCAUGCAGGAAGGUUAGGGAGACGCUAGCAGCUGAAACAGGCCUCAGUGUUCGUGUUGUCCAGGUGUGGUUUCAGAAUCAAAGAGCAAAGAUGAAGAAACUGGCCCGGCGACAUCAGCAGCAGCAGGAGCAACAGAAUUCUCAGCGAUUAGGUCAAGAAGUAAUGUCCAACCGAAUGGAAGGGAUGAUGACAUCUUACACGCCGCUAGCACCACCACAGCAGCAGAUCGUAGCGAUGGAUCAAAGCAACUAUGCCACUGACCCCUUCCAGCAAGGUCUCACCCCACCACAAAUGCCAGGUGACCACAUGAACCCCUAUGGAAACGACUCCAUUUUUCAUGACAUCGACAGCGAUACCUCUUUAACUAGCUUGAGCGACUGUUUCCUGGCCUCCUCGGAAGUAAACUCCAUGCAGGCUAGGGUAGGGAACCCUAUUGACAGGCUGUACUCUAUGCAGAGUUCCUAUUUUGCCUCAUGAAAUUCAAAGGAAGAAAACAAAACAAAAAGGAAACUGAUCUUUGCGACAGACGUUUCCCCCCAUUUCCCAGCUCAGACACUUACAGCCAUAUUUUCCUCUGCUCUUCCUUCCGGCACUGUGACAAUAGGAGCAUUCAGUUAAGAAAGACUCUACUCAAAAUAAUCUUCUCCAAGAUUGCAAAACAGGUGCUUGUCACCCUCAGAACUACACUGGCAUCCGGCCAAAGAGAAAAACAGGGAAGGGGGGAAACCGCCCAUUCCAUGCAGCUCCAGACUUCAACAUCCACCAUUUUGGUUUCUGCGUUGCCAUCAUCACAGAGUUGUCCAAGAGUUUCACCAUUGGAGCUUUGCCAGAUACACAGGAAGUGAUGUUUUGGAUUGGCCAACCUGACCAAAUUGAUUGGGAAACCUGGAGAGAGCCUCCCUCCCCGCAUUUCUACUGCAUGUUUUCACCUUUAGUUGUGGACCGUCGGCCCUCAGAACUGUGAGAUAUUUUAAUGUAAAUGUGAUUCCUGAGUAAUCAUUCCCUCUCAGUAUGUUUUCUUUCCAUAAAACCCUAGACCAUUAGUUAAUAUCCCCUUGUACUGUAUGAAACAUGAGAGGGGGAGGGGAGAAUCUGAUCAACAAUAAGGCUUGUGGAGAG